CCAUCUGCUAUGACGGAUAAAAUAUUUACGAGAACUUAGCGUUUAUUCGAAAAAAGACAGCUGGUGCGCAUGCGCAGUGAAGACAACAACAGCCCACUACAGCAAAAACAAUGGCGACUGCCGUGGAGAACAUCGUUAAAGUGCUUGGAGAGCAGUACUAUAAAGAUGCUUUGGAGCAGUGUCACAGUUAUAACGCCCGACUGUGUGCCGAGAGGAGCAUCCUCAUGCCCUUCCUGGACUCCCAAACUGGAGUCGCUCAAAGCAACUGCUAUAUUUGGAUGGAGAAGAGACACAGGAGUGCAGGUACCACACCGGGACAGCUGUACACAUAUCCUGCCCGGCGCUGGAGGAAGAAAAGAAGAGCUCACCCACCAGAAGAACCUGCUCUGGUGUUUCCUCCAAUCAAAUCUGCAGAGCUGGAACUGGGAAUGAAAAAAGAUGUGUUGGGGCCGUUGGAUGGGAGCAGUCUGGAAGCUUUGCUGAAAGGAGAGCCGCUGGAUAAAAGAGUGUCCACCGAGUUCAGACCGCCGGAGGAAGAAACCAGUCUGUCUGAGGUCACUGGAACCAGCACGGCCAGCAGCCACAGCGGCUCCUCACGCAUCAGGAAGAGAGUGCUUGAGCCCGAAGACUACUUGGAUGAUCUGGACGAUGAAGAUUUUGAGGAGGAGACUCCAAAAAGACGAGGAAAAGGAAAGUCUAAGGGUCGAGGAGUUGGAAAUGGAAAAAAGAAAAUGGAAGCUGCUGCAGCUGCCCAAGAAGAUCGAGACAAACCAUAUGCUUGUGACAUCUGUGGGAAACGCUAUAAAAACAGACCAGGUUUGAGUUACCACUACACUCACUCUCACCUGGCUGACGAGGAGGGAGAAGACAGAGAGGAACCUGAGAUUCACACACCUGUACCACGAGAGGAACACAAGACCCCUAAGAAAGGACCAAAUGGCCUGGCGUUACCCAAUGACUAUUGUGACUUCUGCCUGGGCGACUCCAACAUGAACCAGAAAACAGGCCAGUCGGAGGAACUGGUGUCCUGCUCUGACUGUGGACGUUCAGGACAUCCUUCGUGCCUGCAGUUCACUGCCGUAAUGAUGGCAGCUGUGAAGACUUACCGCUGGCAAUGCAUUGAGUGCAAGUGCUGCAAUGUUUGUGGCACAUCUGAGAACGACGACCAGCUUCUGUUCUGUGAUGACUGUGACAGAGGAUACCACAUGUACUGCCUCAGCCCUCCCAUGGCAGACCCUCCAGAAGGAAGCUGGAGUUGCCAUCUGUGUCUGGCUCUUCUGAAGGACAAGGCCUCCAUUUAUCAGAGCCAAAACCCUGCCAUGGAGUGACCGUGAAGAACACACAGCCCUCACAUCCACACUGAAAUGCAUUGAGAUUUUAGAGAGUGAUGCAUACACAGAAAGAGACAUCAUUGGCCCUAAUGUAGCCAUUGUCUUAGUUUUUUAUUUCACUGACUGUUACACACAUCACAAGCAGUGUUUGAAAUGAAAGAGUGCACAAAGCAGAUGUUUGUAAUGGAUUAUAUACACUUCAUGCAUUAUGAGCAGUAUGUCCACAUUCCUUGAUGUUAGGGCCAACGGUUCAGAUGAUUAAGCGCCUGUUUAUGCAUUGCCAAAUCAUUUUUUAUUUUAUUUUGUCUUUAUGACUCACUCAAGAUACAUUUGGUUUAAAUCGAGCAAACAUGGCUUAAUCCUUCAAGGAUAUUAUGGAUUUAAAUAUUCAUUUGUACAAGAAGUGUCUCUAUCUUUCUCUUUAUCUUUGUCGUAUAUAAUUAUUUCUUGUAAGGUGUUCGUUCGGGAAGUAUUUGUGCCACAGUCCAGAUUCAAAAACCAGAAGAUGGUGCUGUAUUUUUAUUUUUACGAUCAUAUUUUCUUGUUUUUUUUUCAGCAUAUUCUGGAUUCACUUAUUUCUUUAUUACAAAAAACACUCUCAUAAGGCGGGUUAUCUUUCGUAGCAGAAUUUCGUAUGUGAAAUAACCGGUAUCUAUUAUUGUUGACUAACCAUAUUGAAUUAUCGUGAGUACUGUAUCGUUUUGUAUUUGUUUUUGGUAUUAAAUGUAAAUGCUGUAUUUUUCUGUCUUUUUUUAUUUACAUUUUUCAUAUUGGCCUUUCCAUAAUAAACAUACAUGUAACAGAGAAAUCAAA